UAGAGAGACCUUCACAAUAUAAACAACAACCCAUUUGAGUUUCAGAUAUAGAACAGAGUUGAAUCAAACAUGAGACAAUCCUUGUCUUUCUUCUCGUCCCCUGUAUUCUUCUUUCUGGUCAUUCUAUUUCUAGGCAAGGUUGAUGCUGAUAUCGUCAAUGAAACAUGUCAAAAAGCUUCUCAGGGGGACAAGGGCACCCUCCAAUAUGACUUCUGUGUUGAGGCUCUUAGACAAGAUCCCAAGAGCCACAAUGCAGAUCUCCCAGAGCUAGGGAUCAUCUCAGCAAAUUUAGUCAAAGACAACGCGACAAAAAUUGGUUCACUCAUUGAGGAGCUCUUGAAUGAUAGAAAAUCUGAUCCAAAUCUUAAGGGUUGCUUGCAGGAUUGUAAGUUGCAUUACUCUGUGGUGGAGCGUAAUGCAAAAACUGCAAUUGAAUCCUUCGAAUCUAAGAAUUACAAGGAAGCUAAUACUGCAGUGGGUGCCGCGUUGACCGACGCUUGGACUUGUGAAGAGGCGUUUCAAGAGAGUGGCCUGAAAUCGCUUUUGAUAGCAGAGUAUAAUUCUUUCCACCAGUUAGGUCUAAUUGCGCUGGAUAUUAGCUAUAUGUUGUUAUGACUGUUACUAUGGAUGUGGUUCUUAUAAGUAAUACUAGAUAAUCCAAAAUUGUCAUUAUUUCUUUCA